CUCGUGACGUCAGCAGGCCGCAGCUUCCUGUAAGCGGCUAAAGUGAGGGAGGUGACAAAAAUGCUCUCCGCUCCCGCAGCCCGAGCUUUUCUCCUUCUGUCUUGGAUUUCUUCGAUUUCUGCGCUUUAUUUUCACAUAGGAGAGACGGAGAAGAAAUGUUUCAUAGAAGAAAUCCCAGACGAGACGAUGGUCAUCGGUAAAUACCGCACCCAGCUGUGGGACAAACAAAGCGGCUCCUUCCUGCCGGCCACCCCUGGCCUCGGGAUGCACGUAGAGAUCAAGGAUCCCGACACCAAGAUCAUCCUGUCACGGCAGUACGGCUCGGACGGACGGUUCACGUUCACCUCGCAUACUCCGGGAGAGCACCAGAUCUGCCUGCACUCCAACUCCACAAAGAUGGCUCUGUUUGCAGGAGGAAAGCUGAGAGUUCAUCUGGACAUUCAGGUUGGAGAACAUACCAACAACUAUCCGGAGAUUGCAGCCAAGGACAAACUCACCGAGCUUCAGCUCCGAGUGCGACAGCUUCUGGACCAGGUGGAGCAGAUCCAGAAGGAGCAGAACUACCAGAGGUAUCGGGAGGAGCGCUUCCGCAUGACCAGUGAGAGCACCAACCAGCGCGUUCUCUGGUGGUCCAUCACUCAGACGCUCAUUCUCAUCAUCACCGGCAUUUGGCAGAUGAAGCACCUGAAAAGCUUCUUCGAAGCCAAGAAACUCGUGUGAUCUUUUUGUUUUUCUUCCUUUGAGAUUUUCCGAAGAAUACGGCCGGUUCAGACGAGACAAACUUGUCUCAGCAAACUUGGACCUCAGCGAUGAAACUUCCAGGACACGUGUGGUCUUCAAGUGAGCAUCACUGACCCAGACUGAUCCAAAUGCAUCCGUUUCCCCUGAAGUUAUUUUAGGUUUUUGACAUUCCAGCCACCGCUCUUCUCGUUGUUCUGUCCCACCAGAAUUUCAGACCUUCAGAUUGUCUUCAGCUGUUUCUGACUGCAGACAUUUCCAACUCGAUCUGCCUCCUGAAUAUUUCUGUCAGACCAACGGAACAACCUCUUCCAUCUGGUUUAUUUGCGCAUCCCUAUGCUAUGGGGUCCCUCUUUGCACAGGGUGCACCACCUGGGCGUGGCCUAAUCACACCACUCGGAGCACGCCAUUGCUUGUGUUGUAAAAACUGACGGCUUAAAAAUAACAACUGUAUUGUCAGUAUUCCUAGAUUCCAUUCAAAUCUUUUUUUUUUCUGUGACUUUAUUUAUUAUGUUUUGUGUAUAAAUUUAAUGUAAAUUGAAGAAAAAAAAUGUUGGAGGUUCUUUACUGAGUGACUUGUACUUUAAUAAACCUUUCAAAUAUCCA